UGACUGGCCUCUCCUCCGGGUUACAGCAAAGCUGGGCCAAGCUUCCUGUGGGGUUGUAUCUUUCCUCACCCCCUGUUUCCUGUAGCUGCAGCGGCUGACCUGGCUUUCCUCAGCGCUCUGAAGCAGCCAUCAGCUUCUGAGCCUUGGAUUUUAUAAUGCUGUUUUCAGCCUGUGACUUCCUUGUGUAACCUUACUUCUGUGCCAGUUAUUGAGCUUGUGUGCCCAUAUGCCCGUAAGUGGCAGGUCAUAUUGUUUCAAUCCCUCUCAAAAUUGCACUCGGACGCCCCUUCGACUUGGUCUGAGCUUCCUUAGAAUUUGAAUGACUGAAGCUGAGUUCAUUAACAGCGGAUAUGUUAAACGCAUGAUCCCUGACUCGUUACCAAAGCUGAAGGAUCUAGCUUUUUUGAAGAAUCAGUUGGAAAGCUUACAGCGAAGAGUUGAAGAUGAAGUGCAUGCUGGAGUGGGACAGAAUGGAUCUUUGCUGGCAUCUCCAUUUCUCAAAGGCUUCCUGGCAGGUUACGUUGUAGCCAAACUCCGCUCUUCUGCAGUCCUUGGAUUUGUGGUUGGGACUUGCACUGGAAUAUACACAGCUCAAAACUAUGCCAUUCCCAAUGUUGAAAAGACAAUCCGAGACUAUAUCAGCUCGAUGAAGAAAGGACCAGAUUAAAGGGGAAGCCUUUGGGCAGAGGUGCACUCCAGAAACGGCUCUUCUCAUUUUAGACAUGCUAGACAAUUGACAAUAAAAGGAUGCUACAGGCCUCCCAGGAUAGCAGCUAUAUACAUCAUUUAUCUCCUUUGGAAAACAAAUUCAAUACCAGAUCAGUGUGAAAUCAGCAGGUCUGAUUAAUAACAUGUUGUAAUCAGAAUAACAUGCAAAUGCCAGUCACUAUUUUACACUGUUCAGGACUUUCAUGUGUCAAAAUCUGAAUGUGGACAGCUGCCUUUCUCGUAAUAAUAUAUCAACCUGCUUUUA